AUGGCUGGUUUACCGGGGCUAGGAGAUUAUAUCGUUCAAAAUGCAAACUUGAAUCUGGGAGUGCAAAAUGCAGGAUUUACCAUAACGGCGAUAGACGUGGAGCCUCUGCCCGAUGGAGUUAUCCCAAAUCACGGCCAAAUCGCGGCCGAAGAUAGGAGGAGGAGAACCUUGAUAAAUAAGGUUCCACAUAUGGAUGACUUUGAUGCUGCAGAGAGGGAACUGAGGUACCAUCAGGUCCUCACCAGAGCAAAUGCAAUGGCUCCACUCCACCCGGGUUUGGUACAGAUGCUUCAGACUAUCCAGGAGAGCCAGAAUUUGGCCAAUCAGAGGAUGGAAACAUUGAUUCAACUCAUGUCUGCGAGGAGUCGAAAUCAAUACAUCAGGGCACAUGAGCUCGAUGAACCAUUUGCGGGCUUGCCAAAAUUGUUCCCCGGGCAUCCAUUUGCGCAGCCACCACCCGUCCAAGGGGUCAACAUUACUGUGGGGAGCUAUCCAGUGGGUUCUAUGCCCCCUCAAGGACUGCUGCCUGCAAAUCGUGAUGGGUUUGAAGAGAUGAAGACGCUAACCUUGCCUAAUCUUCGGCGUAAACUUAGUGCCAUAUAUUGGUUUUACCACGACGAACGGCUGGCCUUCCCGGACCCAAACAAUGCCACAAAACGAAGGUGUCGCUUGGGUGUGACAAACCUUGAGAGGUUUCUACUUCCUUGA